GCUCCCACGCAGAUAUCUCCUUAUACGGCAGAGAGAAGGAAACUCCUUAGAGUGGGAAAGUAUAAUCCAUUUCCCACACUAAACAGACCUAAGAUGAAGGAGCUCGCUGAUUGGUUGAAAACUGAUCCUGAUUAUUUCACUAAGGAAGAGGACAAACCACGUACAUCACCAACUUGGUGGUAUCAAAAACUCCGGACAUCCAAAGCAUGGCUGGAAGACGUAGUAAGUCUUCUGCUUAUCUUUAAGUCGUCUGGUAACUUGUCUUUGUAUAGAUUUGUAAAUAUAUAAGUCGUCUGGAAGGUUCUAACUUGUAUUAUUUUAUAUGCAGCAUAUAGAUGCUUGGAUGAAUGUGCUGAGGCAGAGGUAUAAGGAGAACCCACAAUGUUUCCGGAGCGAGCGAAUGUGCUUCCUGGAUCACAACUUUACCCAGUCUUGGAGAGAACAGUAUCUGUUCUUCAAAGCAUCGUCGUCUGAUCACAAUGGUUUAGGAAAAAUGCUACCUAGUGGGGCGGCGAGUUUGUAUGACGGAUCAAUGCCUUCAUUUUGCCAAUCAAACAAGAAGUGGGGGGAGGACAUUGAUGAUAUCUAUGCGCCACUGAACUUGGACAACAAACAUUGGGUGGCUAUUUGGAUAUCGAUCCCUAAGAGGCACAUAGUCGUCUGGGACAGCAUACCUUCAACUACCAUACCAGAAAGAUGGGAUGAGAUAAUGGAGCCUUUUCUCGAGAUGGUCCCUUAUCUGAUUGUGGAGUGCGGAGACCAGAUGCAUGGGUUGGAGCGAUACACAUAUGAGAGACUGCUGAAAGAUGUACCCACGGCCAACAAUGGUGAUUGUGGCGUGUACGCUGCAAAGUACAUUGAAUGUCAUGCUCUUGGGGUCCCCUUUAGCCCUAAAGACUUUGCUAGGUCCAAUGCGAAGACUAUGAGGGAUAAUAUGGCUUUGGUUAUAUGGACGGAGCUUGUUGAUCAGCAUCUGAAAGAUAAUGAGGAUGGUGGUAUGUUUGUGGGCAUGUAUGAUUAGAUACACAAAUCUAACUUGUAUAGAUUUUUUAACUUGUAUAGAUUUUUUAACUUGUAUAGA